CCCAUAACCCAGAACAGCCUGCGCACCUUUCAAUUUUCAAGCUUUUGAGACCCAAACAUAAAAUUUCAAGCUUUGAACCGAAAACCUAAUUUCUGCUCGUCUCCGACAGCAAUUUUCGACAGUAGAAGCCCCCCCAUCAAGCUCUGUCCAGUCGGCUAAUCAGAUCCGUCCACCUCAGCAAUGCUCUGUUCGGUGCCUGCCAGCAAGUCCGGUUCGAACUGGCUGGACCGGCUCCGGUCAAACAAGGGCCUUCCAACCGACGACAAUCUUGACCUCGACCACUUCCUUAGCCGAAACACAAACUCUUCCUCGGAAUUCCCAACUCCCAAUGUCUCAUCGUCCACAGAGUCGACUCGGCCGGGUUCGGACCGAGUGGUGAAUCAGUCCACGACCUCGUGCCCGAACCGAGAUAACCAGGGAGAGGCAUUCAUCGGCCUGGUGAACAACGUUCUGUCGGAGCUAUUUUUCAUGGGCGGCUCCGACGAACGUUCCAAACUUUUAGGGAAAAAGAUUCCUAGAAAACAAGCAAACCCCAGAGUUUGUGUCACUUCCACGACCAACUCUGACAGCAAUGCUGCUACUGCAAACGCCACCGAAGAUAAGAGCUCCGACUGGGGUCGAAAUGACGAAAAUGUCCUCGACAAAGCAGCGUGCUUGGACUCGCAAAACGGCAGCUUGAUGAAGAAUAUGGACUUGGGAAAUGUGGGUGGUGAGGAAGGUGAGGAGGUGGAAGAGGAGGAAGAGGAAGAGAAGGAGGAGUUGAGAGAGCUGAAAGGGUAUUCGAUCAGCGAAGUGACUGUGAUCGAUACGAGUUGCGGGGUUUGGAAGACGGAGAAGGUGGUGUUUAGGAGGAAGAAUGUGUGGAAAGUUAGGGAGAAGAAGGCCAAAGUGAGGAAGUUCGGGAGACGUAAGAGAAAAGUGGUUGAUGAGGAAGUUGGUGUUGAAGGCGGUGAUGAGAUUGACAAGAAGAAGGCUAAGGUUUCAGCUUUGAAGGAAGCUGAUGGGGAUGAAUGCAUAGCUCUCAAGUCCACUGAAGGACAGAAUUCACAGAAUGACACAAGCAAUGAAGUCUGCGAGGACACACCAGAUAGUCUUAAGGAAAGAGGGGAGGAAUUUGGCAAAGACAUGCCAGAUGCUAAAAGCAAAGAUGCCAAGAAAGGGUUUCCUUUGAACAGAUCACCAAGAAAAAUGAAAAAGGGUGACUCCUCUGUUAUACUUAUUAAAGGCAUUCCUACCGACAAUAAAAAUGGAGGAAAGCUUCUGAGAACGUGUCUCAAGGACAUCCAAAAGCAAUACACGGCUUGAUUGAUCAGUCACCAUAAAAAUGUUUCACUGGAAAGAGGCUGCUUAAUCAAUGGCGGCAGCGGUCUUUCUUUCAGUGUUUGGAUUUGAUUGGCCCUUUGAUCUCCUUCCAGAAAGGAGUAUAUGCGUUUUGGUCUCACUUAGGACUUGGAGAUGGUGGUGAUCAUGCUGCCUUGUCCUUAGGAAUCAAAAUGUUGUGAAAUAGUGAAUUCGUUCUAUCAUUUGUAAUGCAUGAUAAAAAAGUAUUUGCUCCGAAGGAUUGUUCUGUUGUUCCGGUUCCUGCAAACCUGUUGAUAGAAAAUUCAAUUCAAUAUAAGGAAUCAUUCUAACGAAA